UGGGCCGUAUAAAUAGAGGAGGAAGGACCACUUAGAGCAAUUACCUGGACCUUUCACCUCCACAUCUGCUGGGACCAGACACUGACUGUGGAACUCCAUCACUAUGAAGGGUUUGAGGAGCGCCACUCUCACGUACGCGCUGACUCUCCUAGUCCUGGCUUUAUGUGUGACACCGUCCUGGAGUGCACCGAAGGGCUCUUUCCAGAGGAGAAACUGGACUCCGCAGGCGAUGCUGUAUCUGAAAGGCACUCAGGGACGCAGGUUCAUCUCAGACGACCAAAAAGUGGGAGAUGUGUAUGACACGUUACACUUAGAGACCCGCAGUCAGAACACAGAGAAGCUGAGUGUGGACCAGGCAGCCACUGUUCUGCUCAACUUCCUGCAGCAGGCACGCGAGGGAGCUGAGGAAAACCAAGACGAGGUGUAUUACCAAGAGAUGCCAGUGUGGAAGAGAGAGUACUUCUGAUGGUGUUUGUGGAGAACCAGUUUUGUUUUUAAUGUGUCAAAAAUGUUAUUUUAUACAUGUAAUGCUCCUGUAAAUUUGGGCUGUGAUA